AUGAGUGCAGAAAACACAACACAAGCUGGAGUCUAUGAUGAGACUUGUAGCUGGGCGGAGGCGUAUGCGGAGGAUCAGAGGAGGUAUGUGUGUCUCCACAUUCCCUCUUCCUCAGUGGACCAGCCCAAGAUAUGCGAGAAACACUGCCCACACAAACUCAGCUACGUCCUUGCCUUUGAGAGCAGGUGGAGAGGCGUGUGUGACAGAUGUGACAGGUCGCUAUGCGUCCGAGUGGUGUACAGCCACCAGGAGACUGCGGUUGAGGGAUUCCUGGUGGGCCGACACCCUCCUCCCGUUCUCCCCCGGCCGCGAGGAGAGGGAGAGAGAGAGGAAGACAUCUUGAAUAUUCUUUACUCUCACCCUCUGCCCACCUCCAUCAAUGACUACAAGUCUCACCCAUUGUAUGUUCUCAGAAGACACCUCCUCAAAUUUGAAGCCAUCUAUCCAGUUGACAGUAAGAUACUGGGCUACUGCAGAGGAGAACCAGUCUUAUCCAGAGACUGUGUAUUCACUCUCCAUACCAGGGAAACCUGGCUGAAGGAAGGCAGAGUUGUGAAGAGAGAUGAGGAACCAUACAAGGUGGUGAAGGCAAGACCCAAGAAGGGUAUGUCAUUACUGGAGAGGGACGCCAGUACAGUGGAGGUGUUUGGUCUCUGGCAGACCGAAGUCUAUGUCCCUCCUCCUGUGGUGGAUGGAGUUGUACCUCGGAACGAGUAUGGAAACGUGGAGCUGUUUCAACCGUCAAUGCUACCUGCAGGAGCCCGCCACAUCAGAAUAGCAGGGAUUCAGAAGGUGGCUCGUAAACUGGAAGUCAGCUAUGUCCCUGCAAUGAUUGGCUGGGACUUCCACAGUGGACACUGCUGCCCUGUGAUUGAUGGUAUAGUGGUGGCAGAGGAGAGUGAGGAGAUGUUGAUGGAGGCAUGGAGACAAGAGGAGCAGAUGAUGAUCGAGAAAGAAAUGAAGAAGAGAGAGGCUAGGGUAUUGGAGAGAUGGAAGAAGUUGGUGAGAGGUGUCCUCAUAAGAGAGAGAGUCCAGAGAACCUAUAGACUCACUUGAUGUUUGUUUAUUUCAAAUUGUGUUGGCAGCUUCUACGAUGGUAUAUUGCACAUGCAUGUCAUGUUUGUGGUAGGCACAACAAACAAGUGCCUAGCCUUCUCUGGUUAUUCACAGUCUGUUUCCAUUAUUAUUUGAGGGUUUUUUGUAUUAAUGUAAGGAUGCCACCUGACAACAGAAAAAUGUACACGCUAGCUGGACUGAUGAUACGUCGUGAUUCACAAGUAAGACCGGAGUGCAGAGCCAAAACCAGAGGCCACAAAGACAGUGAAACACGCCCACCAGCACAGGAACGAGAGACAGCCGUGGAACAUGGCCACUCCAAACCCCGAAGACUGAAACACGUUGGUUCCGGGGUCCACCUCCAGCUGCUCAGGGGUUAAACUCCCCCGUUGGUACGGCGACGACACAUGCAUGAGUACCGAGAGACAGAGAAUGACGAGAACCGGUGCCAUGUACUGGACGCCCACUCCUCCGUAGAAAGAAAAGAUGGUGGAGACCUUCUUGCGGAGUUGGAGAAUUGUGAUUCUCCCCGGCUCUCUCCUCAGGUCUUCGACUCUGAGAGCCGCCAGCUCCAGAUAGUUCUGGAGGUGAAGUUUGAAAAGCCCCGUCCGCAGUCCACAGUAGAACAGUACGCUCCAAUGACGGAGAGUUUCGUGGUACAUUUCUCUCCCGAGAAUGGUCACCACGUCCAGCUCCGAGAAGAGGUCUUUUGCAAACGGUUUGAUCCACAGGCCGAGGCAGAAGACCGGCAUGAGGUAGCAGAGACGCACCGCGGCCCUCGUAACCACACUCCGAGUGAGCGUCGUCACGUUGAACUGCAGUUCAGAGUACCUGAAACUCGGGAAUACGAGCAUUGCGCUCAGAAGACUAGCAACAACUGCCAGCACCAUCUUGAAGGCCCAUACGGGGAGCAGAGUAAAGUUGUCAAUGUCUGAAAUGUACGGUCGAAGAAGUUUCCCCACGCAGCUGGUGAUGUUGGUGUGACUCUCUCUCAGUCUGAAAUAGAGGAUGUCUUCGUCCACCAGGAGUAUUCCGAGGGACAACACACGAAGUAGAGGGUCGUGAAUACGAUGAUCAGGGAGCGUUCGCGAGAAAGUUGGUCGCUGAAAUAGACACUGGUGAGGGAGAAGAGGAGAGAGAGGGCAAAUAGUAGCAGAAAUUCCAGCCAAAUCACACUUAGGUUGUAUUCCGUUACGACUGCAACCACUCGUAUGGAGUAAUAGGCACACGUGCACACGUAGACAGCGAGUGCGGCUACCGCAACGUCCAUGAGCCAGCGAAACUCUUGGUAGUAGUGAAUGUAUUGGAGGUCACCCGGUAUGAUGGGUGUACUGGUCAGCUCUAUCGUGGAGGACUUGGGGAUGGUUAGGGUCGGGUCCAGAGGCUUGUUGUCCUCGCAGCGACCGUUCCCGAGCUUCUUCUUGCCGCCGCCGCCUCGACCUGGCCCGCACGCGUGAGCCUGGAGCUGCGAGUCCCGCGGCGGUACGUAGCGACGCAUGUCGGAGACGGCCAGCCAUCGUCCGAACGAGUAGUAGGGAGAGAGCUUGUGGAGGAAGCUGGCGACUA